ACAUCUCGGUGUACGUUGACAUUCUCUCUGCUCUAACAUACUGUACUACAGGCCUAAGACAAUGCUGUUUGCCGCUGUGUGUGUAAGCCUGCUGGCGCUGGCAUUUGGUGCCCCCAAGCCGUGUAACUGCCCCAGUAAAUGGGAAGGGUUAAUGGGAGAGAUGAUCGGAGCCGAAAAGGGCGGGAAACCAUGGACUAUGCAGGAAGGGGCGCGUCUCUCGGUCUCCUCUGACGACAAGAAAAUUUUCUCCAUGGGCGUGGCUAACUUCAGUACAGGCCAGUCCGUCAACAUGAAAGUUCUACAGGACUUUAAGAACCAUAAACAAUACGUGAUAAUUAAAGGGAAGUGCACCGUGACCAAGUUAGAGGGAGAGAUGAUGAACGGCGUUCCAGCCAACGCAACCUGGAUAGGGGCAUUCUACUUCGGUUCCGGUGUCGGGAACUCUCUGGCCGUGGACAGCUGGAAAGUGAAGCUAGGUGGCGCUGAGGAGGAGCUCACUACCACCACCAAAGACUGCAUCCCUAUUGGCAUCGUGACAACGGGCAUUGUGAACGGAGCUGACGUCAUGGCCACUAUUGGUAUGGUAAACGUCACUAUCGGCAUCAAAGAUCCUAGCGUCUUCGUUGUCCCGUCUAUCUGCAAGCAGGUCUCAAGCGAGCACCCAAGUCAACAGCUGACUGGCUACAUGAAGCUCAUCAGUCACAUGUUCAGGAGAUAAACGGUCGAUAGGUGGCCAGAGCUCAAGCAGACGACAAAUUCGGCAGCUGGUUAGAACACAGAUGUUCGCUUUUACUGUAACAACAAAAAGUGAUACAUCAACACACAACUCGGACAUUUCGUGACAAUUCUGUUUAUUUUUGUGAUAUGUAAGCAGAUGAUUAAAAUUAACAAUUUUAAAUCAA